UACAUGCAACACAGCAACCGCCGCCGCGUCGCGUGGGAAGUGGGCAGCAGUCAGGGCGGCGGCAUGGACAGGAUCCUGGGGUUGUCCCUCAUCGGCGCGGGGCCCGGCAACGUCUUCGGCCCGGGCAUGAGCGCCGGCGUGCUGGAGAGCUUCGCCCGCGGCAAGGCGGAGGAGGGCAACGGCAGGGGUGCAGCCGGCGGGACUGGAUCGGCGGCGGCGUGGAGUGGCGGGAAGAUCGCGGCCGAGAGGGGGAGCGAGGCGGAGACGAAGGGUGCCGGUGGCCAGGAGCGCCGCGGCGGCGAGGCGGAGGCGCGGUUCUACCCGGCGUUCGAUGGCGUCCUCUGUUUCGACGCCGUCGCUCCGUAUUGGCAUGCUUAGCGCGCGCGUGCUCUCUGUUCUUUAAUUUGGCAAAAGUUCUUUUGGUUUGGACAAUUUCGUAACGUCUACAAAACUUGGAUCCGAUUUCAUAACUUCAAGUCGACACGUACGGGUGUCUCCUAAACGCUAGCAAUCGAGGGGGCACAU